GGAUUUAUUAUUGCAGCAGAGCGAGGAGCCUUGUGCUGACGCUGUGCUCGCUGACUUUCUUCUCUUCCUGAGAGCUCCCGUGCUGCUGUUGUAAGAGAGAAGGAGGCAUUUGUUGUGGUUCACUCGAGAACAUUCAGUUCAGAAAUAGAACUGCAGGGGAAGGUUCACUUCCCAGAGGUUCAGUUUCAUCCCAGCCGUCGAUGCAGGCACACAUCCAAGCGCCGAUGGAAAUCCGCCGGCUCCCGUUCCAGCACGGGCAGAACGAGCCCAAAUUGAUUGGUGAAAUCUGAUCUGUGCCUUCUGCUUGUUUGUUUUCCAUCUUCGAAUAAGUCCUUGCACGUUUGCUCUGAGUUUUGGCUGAAGGGCUCGGGUUACCUUGCUGUGAGUCUUGGUUGGGUUUGCGGGGAGAAAAUCAAGAGCUUUGGGAGCUGCAGGUUACCUGUUGGUCCUCGAGGUCUGAGAAGGUGAAGAAUGAUGGAAACAAGGUUUCUUCUGCUUUUCUGCCCAUGAAUCAGCAAAAAGGAGGAAGAGGAAGAAGAGCUGGCUGUGGACAGUCCUUCCUGCUGUGCGUGGCAGCUCUGGAUGGUGCCAGCCCUCGGUGACGGAGUCAUUGCCUCCGAGAAGGGGGGACUGGCAGCCAGCAGGCACUUGGACACUUUGUGAUAGCCAGAGUGGGUCGUUAUCUCCAGAGCUGAAGGCCACAUGUGAGCUUGGCAGAACUUCUUGAUCAAGUCCUGUUAGAGCUGGUUGCUUGUUUAAUUCCAAAGGUCGUGUUGAUCAUGGACAGUGAAGAAAUCCCUACUUUUUCGAGUCCAAAGGAGGAAACUGCCUAUUGGAAAGAGCUUUCCUUGAAGUACAAGCAAAGCUUCCAGGAGGCUCGUGAAGAGCUGGCUGAGUUCCAGGAGGGAAGCAGGGAAUUGGAAGCUGAGUUGGAGGCACAGCUAGUGCAAGCUGAGCAGAGGAACAGAGAUUUGCAAGCAGAUAACCAAAGACUGAAAUAUGAAGUGGAAACAUUAAAGGAGAAACUGGAGCACCAGUAUGCCCAGAGUUACAAGCAGGUGUCCUUGUUGGAGGAUGACCUGAGCCAGACAAGGGCCAUCAAAGACCAGCUGCACAAAUAUGUGAGGGAGCUGGAGCAGGCCAACGAUGACCUGGAACGUGCCAAGAGGGCGACAAUAGUUUCAUUGGAAGACUUUGAACAAAGGCUGAACCAAGCUAUUGAGAGAAAUGCAUUUUUAGAAAGUGAACUGGAUGACAAGGAGUCAUUGCUGGUCUCUGUACAGAGAUUAAAGGAUGAAGCAAGAGACCUGCGGCAGGAGCUGGCUGUGAGGGAAAGGCAGCAGGAGGUGACCCGGAAAUCAGCACCCAGCUCCCCCACUCUGGACUGUGAGAAGAUGGAUUCAGCUGUCCAGGCCUCCCUCUCCUUGCCAGCUACACCUGUUGGAAAAGGAUCAGAAAAUAGUUUUCCUUCCCCCAAAGCUAUACCAAAUGGGUUUGGAACCAGCCCACUCACUCCUUCAGCUCGAAUAUCUGCACUCAACAUCGUGGGAGAUCUGCUACGCAAAGUGGGGGCCUUAGAAUCCAAAUUAGCUGCUUGCAGGAAUUUUGCAAAGGACCAGGCAUCACGGAAAUCCUACAUUUCAGGGAACGUCAGCAGCGCCGUGCUGGGCAGCAACGGCACCAAGUACCCACACCCAGGGCACACGUCCUUCUUUGACAAGGGGUGAGUCAGGCACUGCUGUGCCCUCGGGGAGGCCUCUGGGGCACUGCUCAUGGCCCCUCCUUAGCCCCCACAGCUCUCCAGGGCUGCAGGGCGUUCCGGUGAAGCAGAGAGAAAAGCAGGUGUGGGGGUGGCAGUGCCAGUCCUGCCCCAUCUCCUGGUGCCUGUACCAGCCCCAGGCAGUGAGGAAUGGGCCCUCUGAGGGCACCUGCCCCAUCUCCUGGUGCCUGUACCAGCCCCAGGCAGUGAGGAAUGGGCCCUCUGAGGGCACCUGCCCCAUCUCCUGGUGCCUGUGCCAGCCCCAGGCAGUGAGGAAUGGGCCCUCUGAGGGCACCUGCCCCAUCUCCUGGUGCCUGUGCCAGCCCCAGGCAGUGAGGAAUGGGCCCUCUGAGGGCACCUGCCCCAUCUCCUGGUGCCUGUACCAGCCCCAGGCAGUGAGGAAUGGGCCCUCUGAGGGCACCUGCCCCAUCUCCUGGUGCCUGUGCCAGCCCCAGGCAGUGAGGAAUGGGCCCUCUGAGGGCACCUGCCCCAUCUCCUGGUGCCUUUACCAGCCCCAGGCAGUGAGGAAUGGGCCCUCUGAGGGCACCUGCCCCAUCUCCUGGUGCCUGUGCCAGCCCCAGGCAGUGAGGAAUGGGCCCUCUGAGGGCACCUGCCCCAUCUCCUGGUGCCUGUGCCAGCCCCAGGCAGUGAGGAAUGGGCCCUCUGAGGGCACCUGCCCCAUCUCCUGGUGCCUGUGCCAGCCCCAGGCAGUGAGGAAUGGCCAUCUCAGGGCAGAGGAGGGGGUGCCCAAGCUGCAGGUGUGCUCUGGGGAAGUGCAGGACCGCAGCUGGAGGUUCCCUCGCAGGGCUAAGGGCAGGCAGGGAUGUUCCCUGGAAGGAGGGAGGGAGUCCUGGUGCUCACACCCGCUCCGGGAGGGGAGGGAUGAAGCGCUGGUGGUGGAGCUGUGGCUCCUCCCUGCUGUGAGCCAGCCUCGGAGCAGGAAUUGCUGUCCUGGGGACCAGGAGCCCGUGUGUGCCGUGCUCAGAGCUCCCUCUGGGAUGCUGGCAGUGCUUCUGCAGGAGGGAUUCCCCAGUUCCUCACUGCCCUGGGGGUGUACGGAGAAGGAAAGCACAGAGUUCUCCAGUGGUGCUGAGGGCAAACAGCCUCCAUGCUCCCUGCAUGUUAAACCUCAGUGCAGUUCAGUGCUGAUACUCAGCACGUCCUCAAUCCUGCAUUUAUUUCAGAGAAUGAAACCAGCUGGUUCCAACCUGAAAAUGCCAGAGCAGCCAGCUGAGCUCCCCACACCCAUCUUCAGUGGGGCUGGGAGGGGAGCAGGGCAAGCUGCACCUUAAAAACUGGCCCUGGGAGCCUCUGGAGCCACUGGUGUUUGCAGCUUUUGGAAAGGAAGGAUUCAGAGCCCUUUUGGGCUGUGUGAGCUGCAGGGCUGGGCAGUUCAGGGAGCAGGGAGGUGCUGGGGAGGGAUUGUGGCAGCUCCUGGCAGGCAGCAUGGCCAGAUCGAGGUGUGCUGGGACAAUAAGCUGAUUGCUCUCUGGGCUGGGGGUCACUUGUAAUUAUGCAGAUUGUCAUCACCCUCCUUGGCAGGGCUGGCUGCCUGCAGGGAGGAGCAGGCUGGGGCUGAGGAGGGUCAGGAGGAAAUGCUGCAGCAGAGCUGAGGGUGGCAGUGGACAGGAACAGGGCUGGAAGGGGUUCACGUACUUGUCUGCAAGUGGCCAGAGAUGCUGCAUGGCCCCCCUGUCCUGUCCUUGUCCCCUCAGCCCCUGGGCUGCUCCCAGGCUGUCCCUUGAGGCACUCUGUGCCCAGCAGGAGCUGGCAGUGCCCAUGCUGUGCUCCAGGGCUGCUGUGGAAAGCUGGCUUGGCCCUGGCAGCUGGACUGGGGGAGUAGCCCUGACCCAGGUGUGAGAGUAACCCUGACCCAGGUGUGACUCUGCUCCAGCUGUGAGUGCAGCCCUGCUCCAGGUGUGACUCUGCUCCAGCUGUGAGUGCAGCCCUGCUGCAGGUGUGACUCUGCUCCAGCUGUGAGUGCAGCCCUGCUGCAGGUGUGACUCUGCUCCAGCUGUGAGUGCAGCCCUGCUCCAGGUGUGACUCUGCUCCAGCUGUGAGUGCAGCCCUGCUGCAGGUGUGACUCUGCUCCAGCUGUGAGUGCAGCCCUGCUGCAGUCUGCAGUCACUGCUCCAGGAGCAGCUGGUGGCUGAGUGCUGGGUUGGGCAGAGAUAACUCAGCCACACCAUUACAGCUCUCAUUCCCUCCUGCUGCCAUUUCACUGAAAUAUUUGAGGGGUCUCCAGCUCUUGUCAAGCCCCUCCUUUAGGAGAGGCCUGGAGCACAGCAGGGCUUGCACCAAAGCGUGGCUGCAGAACUGGGGCAGUCAGGGUUCCCUGUUGUUAAAAACUCAGCAGUGUCAGGUGUAAAAUCAGUUCCCUGCAGACUUGUCCCUUCAGGAACAUGCAGGUUGUGUCCAGAUGCCAGGCAAUGGUAGAACAGCACCCGAGGAUGGUCCUCAGGAUGGAUACUUGUGUCUUGCUGUUGUAAUUAUUGUUAAUUGGUCAUUAAUGUCAGUCCAGUUUUGUGCAGGAAACAGAACUGCUCUGGUUCUGCAGGGCCCUGGCCCUGACAGCCAGCUGAGGUGCUUUUUCCCCUCCCUGCAGUCCUGGCUGCCCGUGUCCUCACAGCUGCUGUUUAUUCUUGGCUGUUUCUGUGAACCCCUUGGGCUUUGUUUCAAUGAAGGAGCUGAAGAUUAUUGUGAGGAGUGCCUGUGCUCACACCCAGCACUCUGAGGUGUCUGCACUGGCACCCCUAGCCCUGACCAGAACACCAGGCUGGGAAAGCUGGGGUUUUUUCCAGUCCCAGACCCACUGAAAGGUUUUUCUGGGAGAGGGGAGCUGUGUGUGGCUCAGGUGCAGAGCUCUGUGCAGUGUGUGGCUCAGGUGCCAUGUGUGGCUCAGGUGCAGAGCUCUGUGCUGUGUGCAGUGUGUGGCUCAGGUGCAGAGCUCUGUGCUGUGUGCAGUGUGUGGCUCAGGAGCAGAGCUCUGUGCAGUGUGUGGCUCAGGUGCCAUGUGUGGCUCAGGAGCAGAGCUCUGUGCUCUGUGCAGUGUGUGGCUCAGGAGCAGUGCUGUGUGCAGUGUGUGGCUCAGGUGCCAUGUGUGGCUCAGGUGCAGAGCUCUGUGCUGUGUGCAGUGUGUGGCUCAGGUGCAGAGCUCUGUGCUCUGUGCAGUGUGUGGCUCAGGUGCAGAGCUCUGUGCUCUGUGCAGUGUGUGGCUCAGGAGCAGAGCUCUGUGCAGUGUGUGGCUCAGGUGCCAUGUGUGGCUCAGGUGCAGAGCUCUGUGCUGUGUGCAGUGUGUGGCUCAGGUGCAGAGCUCUGUGCUGUGUGCAGUGUGUGGCUCAGGAGCAGUGCUGUGUGCAGUGUGUGGCUCAGGUGCCAUGUGUGGCUCAGGAGCAGAGCUCUGUGCUGUGUGCAGUGUGUGGCUCAGGUGCAGAGCUCUGUGCUCUGUGCAGUGUGUGGCUCAGGUGCAGAGCUCUGUGCUCUGUGCAGUGUGUGGCUCAGGAGCAGAGCUCUGUGCUGUGUGCAGUGUGUGGCUCAGGAGCAGUGCUGUGUGCAGUGUGUGGCUCAGGUGCAGAGCUCUGUGCUCUGUGCAGUGUGUGGCUCAGGUGCCAUGUGUGGCUCAGGAGCAGAGCUCUGUGCUGUGUGCAGUGUGUGGCUCAGGAGCAGUGCUGUGUGCAGUGUGUGGCUCAGGUGCCAUGUGUGGCUCAGGUGCAGAGCUCUGUGCCCUGCUGCCCAUGCAGAGCAGCUCCACUGUGCAGAGCUCACACAGCAGAGCUUUGCUGAGCCUCUGUUGGGCACUUUUGCUUGGCCCCAGCUGCUCUGUGCUCAGCAAUGACAUUUUUGUGUGCAUAAACUUUCCCUUUCUCUCCACUAGGCGUGAGAAGGUGAUAUUCCCCACCUUGGUCAUGGGGCAGUGAACGGCUUUGACCAAGGGCCCCCCGGCCUGGGGGGCUCCCGCCCAUCCUCGGCGCCGGGAAUGCUCCCCCUGAACGUAUGAGCCCCCAGGGCUUGGACUUGGAUGCUUUUCUCAGCCACCUUGAGAAGAACUGCUCCUGAUUCCUCCCCAUUCCCACCCCGCUGGAACAUGGCCCUGAGAGGAGCCCUGAGCCCACGGCCCUCCAUGUCCUGUCAAUACAGUUUGUUUUCUGCUGUCGCUGUAGUGGACGUUCUCUGCCCCGGCCCCACGAGCUGCCACCCUCUGCUGUGCUUGGGGACACCGAGUCCUGCUCUGUCUGGGGCCACCAAGUCCUGCUCUGUCUGGGGGCCACCGAGUCCUGCUGUGCUUGGGGACACCAAGUCCUGUCUGGGGGACACCAAGUCCUGUCUGGGGGACACCAAGUCCUGCUGUGCUUGGGGACACCGAGUCCUGCUCUGUCUGGGGGACAGCCCCAGCCUGCCCCCUUGGCUUUCCCUCUCCUCUCACUUAGGUCUGACAGAGCCUUGUCCCCUCCUCUGCCAGGCUCCCCUGCCCUGUCCCUUGCCAGGCCCUGCAGCUGCUGCUCUCAGACCUCGUGGAAGUGCCCUGGGGUGGUCAGUGGUGGCCCUGGGGCCAUUGGCACUCAGGAGACAGCCCCAGGUCCUGUCUCAGGGGUAGCUGCACCCGGGGCAGUCAGAGCAGGGCUGGGUGAGCAGCUCCAGCCUGGCCAGGCCGGGUCCAUCCCUGCUGGACAGCUGGACACACACCCAGAGCCAGGCUCUGUGACCAUCCCAGCCCCCCCAGCUGGGCCUGGCAUGGCUGAGCUGUUCUCCCUGGGGCUCCUGCCCUGGAGCAGGGUGGGCAGUGCUGUGGUCAGGGGCUGUGCCCUUAGGUGGCCCCAGGGCAGGGCUGUGCCCUCAGUGUCCCCAGGGCUGCCCCACAGCUCCCUGGCCCUGCUGGACUCGGCCUCCGUCCCUCACCCCACUCACAGCGACCCCCUGGGAGCUUUAGGAAGCUGCUGCUCCCCCUGGCCCAGGAGCCCCCUGGCCCAGGAGCCCCCUGGCCAUCACCCCCUGUGCUGUAGGACUGGACUGUGCAGCCUCCCCUGCGGGCUGCUGGGACACUUUGGGGCAACUGAACCUUGUGGGUCUUUCAGGCAACACAUUUGUGUGGUUUCCCUCUCCAUGUGCCUCAGAAUCAGUGGAUUUUUAUUCUGAACCAGCAAAUGGAGCCAGGGUUGGAGCUGAGGGUUCAGCAGUUGUCAGUCAGGGGCUCUGCAGCUCCCAGGUGGUUGAGUUACAAAUGCUGAGGAAAAAACCCCACUGGCCCAGCAGUGGAGGUGGGAUUGUCUCUUUGCCAUUAGGGUUUGUAUGGUCCUUCCUUCCUGUGCAUCCUCUGCUGCAUUUGACUGUUUACAUUUGUUUUAUUGUACAUAGAUUUGUAAACAUAAUACCUUUGCCUGAGGUCUUUGUACAUAACUUGGGCUUUGUAGCUUUAUUUAUUCAGCCUCUCUCUGGCAUGUUUCCAUAGGAUGUACCGUUCCACCCUGGUGCCACUGACAUGAUGUGGUUUCAAAAGAAUGAAAACAAAUCAGAGUAAUCUUCCAAAAAUAAAGUUCUUUUAAUGUGGAAUCCGUGGAUUUUGCAGAA